ACCUCAUAAUUAUGAAGAAUGCUUGUGUGUGAAUGGUUUAGGGUCAUAUGGUAGACAUAUCUAGACUAUAUCUAGCAGAUUCACAGGGCUCCCAUCGACAUCCACGCCCCCUCUUGAAAAGAAAUCAGUGAAAGAAGCCUAAAAUGAACUGGCUUCUAUCCUUGCUACUGUUGGCAAGCACUCUAUUCAGGGCCCAGGCUAGAAGGAGGGAUCUCACAGAGAUUACCUACCGGUUCACCAACUGCGGAUCAUCAAACCACGAUGGCCCCAGGGUAGAGCCUGAGUGCGGUCGUUUUUACAAACAGAUAAACUCACCAAUUGUAUCCGGUCAAACUUUGUUUGAAUUUGAUGAUGAAUACGAUGGAGGACAGGGAUUUCGCUUACCAAGAAAUGACCUCUACAACAUCACCAUUGCUGGAGCCAGAGGAGGUGAGGGUUUGUGCAAUUUCGAGUAUGGAUUGGGUGGAGUGGUUCGUAUGCAAGUUGAACUGACUACUGACUACGAGUACCUUAUCUUGGUGGGACACAGAGGAACCAGUGUGUGUGAUGUACCCGAUAAUGCAGUCAACCCGAUAUGCCAACAACCAAGACCAAGAAAUCUUGCAGAAGCGGAGGCUUGCAAAGUUGAUUGGAUAAAUGAAACACUUGCAAAAGGCAGCAACGCAGAUCUUUUCAAUGGUGGUGGUGGUGGAGGUGGAGCUAGCAUGAUUUGGCCGAGGAGAAAAAAUGAUUCAGAAUUCACUAAUUUGCCGAUUGUAGUAGCACCUGGAGGUGGAGGGGCCUCAGCUGUUUUGGGUUUUGAAUCAUUGAAAAGUGAACUUUCAAACUACUUACUGAAUUAUCCGAGUAAUGGUACUAGUGAGGAGAUCUAUAGUUUUCAUGUGAAUGCUCAUUUCGAUCAAUAUUACUUAAUCUGGCCAGUAGGUGGCAGGGGAAUAAGACCCAAUAGCAUAGAUCUAACCUCAUCUGGAGCUGGUGGAGGCUGGAAUUCAGUGUUGGGAUUUGUUUUGUUGGAAGUGGAUGGAAAACUAUUGAGUCAAGCAGAUGACUUUGCACAAGGUGGCUUUGAUUGUUCAUCAAGUAUUCCAAGUGAAUCUCGUGUGUUUUCUGAUGUAGAGGGUGGCUAUGGUGGUGGUGGAGGUGGGUGUGGCUCUGGAGGAGGGGGAGGAGGCUACACAGGAGGGCACGUUGUCGAGAAAUUAAACACCAUACCAGGAGGCGGUGGCGAUGUUGGGGUAUUCAAUCUCACAGGGUUACCUGUUGUAAGAAUGCUGGAGAGGGAUCACAAUGAUGGUGAUGGAUAUGUUGAGAUAGUGUCCUCCAACUGUGAGUGUGUUGGACAGUGUGUGAUGUACCCUGAGGAGAAGCAGUUUGAGUGCUUGUGUCCAAAUGAUACUCUCCUGGCUGAGGACGGAAGCAACUGUUACCGAGAAGAAAAAGAGCUAGCAGUUGAAGAAGGAGAACUUAUUCCCAUCCCAGACAGCUACAACGUUCGACAGCUUCACCUCACUGCAGCCAUAGGACUGCUCAGUCUGAGUGUGGAUGUGUCUGUUGAGCCGGUCAGGGUGACAAAACGUCAGGUUGGAGACACGCCACAGGGGGAGGAUUGCUUGAUUGUCCUGUUUGGAGAGAGUUUGGAACAAGUAGUAGUGUCGGAAAGCAUCAGAGAGUCUGGUACAAUCAACACCCUCUCUGUAAUCUCAUUGGACGCUACUGGCAACAUCACACAGAAAACAGACCCUGUGAGGCUACUGCAGAGUCCUGUGACGAUCACCACCAUGGUACUACUGAGCUAUGGGGACUGUAGACUAGCAACAAACACAAUUCAAGCUAAUAUCAGCAUCAUUACUCCAGAUACAGAUGUGGACUUUCAGAUCAGGAAUAUCUCUACUAACUUGCUCAACAGUAUAGCAAGAACCAAAGAGAGCGCAACAAAGCCUAGCAACGAUCGUGGAGUGAUUGGUGCAGUGGUCGGAUCAAUACUGGGGGUAACUCUGCUGGUGGUCUUGAGUGCCGUAAUAAUAGGUGUGGUCUACUACAAGAUCCAACAAAGAAAAAAUAUAACAUUUUCCAAUCACCUCUCUAAAGACAGACACCAAAACAACCUUUACCUGAAAACAGAGUCUCUAGAGCUCAAUUCUGCAUACGUGAGGUAUCAAAGGACUCCCAGCCGCAGAGUAACCACUAAUAUUGGGGAGCCGGGAUACGAAACGUUGCACAUUGACCAAUCAGAGGAUGGUGAAGCUGAUCUGGUGGUUGGGUCUCAUUCCAGUGCCCUGUUCCAGCCUAUACAUGGAAUCAAGACGCCAUCCGUGGAUUUCUGUACCUAUAACAGACAGCGAUUCCACACCCAUGUGCAGCAAUGGCAGUACCCUCGAUCCAAACUGACCUACAUGAGAGAACUAGGGGAAGGACAGUUUGGAAAAGUUCUUCUCAUGGAAGCUAGAGACAUAGCUGGCUACACGGGUAAGAUUCCAGUGGCUGUGAAGACACUCACCAGUAGAGACCCUGCUGUUAUACAAAAGUUUGUCGAGGAAGCUGAACUGAUGAAGAAGUUUACCCAUCCAAACAUUGUCAGCUUGUUAGGUUUCAUUGGACAGAAGGAAGGUGAAGACAGUGCUCCUCUGAUGAUCCUGGAGUACAUGCAGUAUGGAGACCUCCAUGGAUUCUUAAUAGAUAACAGACCUGGUCCCAACAAGCCCUCACCCCUGAAGAAGCUGCAUUUCUACACCUUUGCCUAUGAUGUUGCUCAUGGUCUAGAGUUUCUGUCCCAGCACAAGUAUGUGCACAGAGAUGUGGCAGCGAGAAACUGUCUAGUUGGCUCUGGACUCCAGAUCAAGAUAGCUGACUUUGGUCUGGCACGAGGAGUGAACAACAAGGACUACUACAGAGUAGCUGGUAGUGCGGUGUUACCUGUGAGGUGGAUGGCUCCUGAGAGCCUGCUCCUCGGAAAGUUCUCUUCAGCCUCUGACGUCUGGGCUUAUGGUGUUAUGAUUUGGGAGAUUCUAACGUUUGGGCAACAGGCUUUGCCUGAUAUGAGUACUCAAGAUAUUGUUGAUGCAGCGCAGAAUGGACGUCUUCACCACACCAGACCUCUGGGUUCCCCUGGUGACCUGUGGGAACUUGUAUCUGACUGUCACCAGUUGGAGGUGGAUGAGAGGCCGUCAUUCACUGAGAUUAUCGCCAUGGAACUUUUCAACGUGGUCAAAAAGAGACCACCACUGCCAAGCUCCUCCUCAUUGACUGCUAUACCAGAGAGUGAGCAGCCAUUGCUAUUAACAAACAGUGGACAGUUAUAG